GUUAAAGAACCGGGGAAAUGACGAGUGGAUUCCCAACAAGCUCCGGUACCUAGAGGAACCUGGCAAGUCUUUCAACUUUGUCCCGCCUGUUCAAGAAAAAACCGCGGACGAGAUGUUGGAUGAAGAGCUUCGAAAAUCGAAUGCUCAAUCGUCCGCUUUUGAACCCGAGUCGCGGAACCUAGAGCAGCCUUUUAUGGAUGCAAUUCACGCCACAGGAACUGAGCUUCUUCAACAAAGUGGCAUGGCUGAGAACUAUGAGACUUUUGAAUCCAAAGAUCCUCUCACGCCUUUUCUUGCAUACGUUCUAUUUGUGUUGCACUACCGCAACAGUCUUUUUCCGGACUCCUGGCUGAUUUUUGAACAUGCCGAGAUGCGAGAACUUCGCGAUCGGAAACGUGCUGUUGUUGCGUACUGCCGACCUUGGUCGUCAAUCACCAACAGUGAUAUUGAUGGUGUCUGCCUUGAGCUUUUAGCACUCUUUCAAGAAGCUCCGCCGCCUCAAUCCAUGAACAGCGGCAUUUUCCGUACCUUCGCUAAGGCUCUAAUUUCCGCGAAGAUCACAUUGGCCAAUCAUUUCAAGCCAACGGCCAAAAGUUAUCAAGUGCCAGGCUGCAAUAGCAAGAUGUAUCUCUUUGAAGUUCAGUCUUUUCCUGGACCUGAACCUGUGGGACAAUCAAGCUUGGCGCGGGCCCACUGCUCUGAUGUGCCAGGCUCUUGUGGCAUAUUAGCAGCUGGCCGAGUCAUCCGGACAGCAGCUUACACCCUUGGUCUCAGAGAGGAUCAAGAGUCUAUGUCUUUUUUCGGUCAGUGCCACACGAAUCCUUCGUGGACCGACAAUUUCAUUGAAUGGGCUGCAAACCUCAAUUGGAGCACCAAGAACUCGUCCGGCAUUGUGUUUGGCGGCUUUUUAAGUGGACAAUUUAUAAAAAGUCCAUCCGCAAACACUAUCCUUGAGAAUUCUAUGUGUCGGCUGCACCCAGCCGUGCACUCAAUCUCAAAGGAUAAGAGAUGGGCCAUCAGAGAGUCAGCUGCUCGCAUCGAUUUCAUCAUUGUGGUGGCAGAUCAAGACUUUGCUGAUUUUCCUGCUCCGGCAAUGAUGCCGAUGAUUGCUGACAGAAUCAGCCAGCGAUGCAUUCAAGACACCGAAGCUUGGGGAGGAUGGUCCGGAUAA